GUCGCAACAUCUCGUCAUCUCGCUACACUGCAGUAUCAGCGACUCAAAAACGCUGUUUAGCAAACGAUCUCACGAUCGAUCGCAAACUGUUCAUACAGUUUGUUAGGAUUUGUAGUUAACUUUAUCGAAUAAAUCGUGCGAUGGAGUGGGAGUGGACCAAAGACAAAACUUUGAAACUAAUUGAAUUGUUACAAGUGAACGCAAGCCUCUGGAACCCUUCGUUAUGUGACACACGUAGAGAGAAACAGAAAAGAAAAGAAGAAUUACGUGCUAUUGCUGAUAUAUUAGGAAUAUCUGUGCCUGAUACAACGAAAAAGAUACAGCAUUUACGAACUCAGUACAAUAGAGAAUCUGCAAAAGAAGCGCGCGUUAACGCAGAGGAUCCUAACGAUAGAUAUGUCAGUAACUGGUACGCUUACGAAUAUCUUCAUUUCAUGAAAGAUUCGAGUAAAGUCUACAAAAUACUACAAUCUGUGGAUUUACCAGACAGCAUAUCAAGUCAAAGUGACACCACAUCGGCAUUGACAGACUGCAAACUUUUUAAUUUAUCCCCACCUCACAAAGUUGCAAGAACAGAGGUACUUCAUCCAGUGAAAUCAGAAAUAGUACACCAAUCAUCACCGAGACAUCGAGAUGAAUUUUCUGUGUUCGGAGAAUACAUCGCUAAUGAGUUAAGAUCAUUAAAAGGUGAGAAAAAUCUGCUUGUUGCUAAGAAAAAGAUACAAGAUGUUAUAUUUGAGGUUAAAAUGGGUAUGAUGAAUGAAGGGAGGGUAGAACAAAGUACUACUUGUACUGUAUUUGCUCAUGCUAGUCAGCCAAGUUCACUUCAUUCAAGUAAAUUGUAUACAGCGCCUGUAAUGACAGCACCACCUACGACUGGUAUCGGUGAAAUCAUUAUAAAUGGGCCUUGCCAUUAUUCAAAUUUUAAAGUUGAUACCCAAUAGCAGUGUCCUCCACUUCCCAACGGGGAAGUGGACAAAAAUGAUGGCUAUGCUAUUACAAAUUAAGUGUACAAUGUUUUGUCUUGAAAUUUGUUAAUAAAAUGUAAUUACUAUUAUUAAAAUUGCAGUACAUUGGUAAUUUUUACUGUGAAACAUUUUAUAAAUAUUUGCAAUUUAAACAAAGAUGUUAACAUUGAUUUAAAUUAAUUAGGGUCCUAAUGAAAGUGUACAGUUUGGCUAAAUUUUGUAUUUUGCCUGACAGAUAACAGAGAUAAGACUUAUUUUAAUAUCAACAGAACAUAUUGUUUAUUUAUAUACUUAAAUGUAAGUAUUUUUGUAAACAUUUUA